CACUACCGGGGUGCGCGGCGGCAUGUGGCCCAGAGUGCUGUUGGGGGAGGCCCGGGUGGCUGCGGGCGGAUGCCGCGCUCUCUCGUCUCGCCUUGCUGUGCGUUUCUCCCCGCCAUGGACUGCUGGGAAUGGCUCAACCCUGCGGAGGAGUCUGCAUGGAACUGCGAUGCGAGCUUUCCCGCUCAUCCCCAUAGUAGUGGAGCAGACGGGUCGAGGCGAGCGCGCUUAUGACAUAUACUCGAGACUGUUGAGGGAACGCAUCGUGUGCGUCAUGGGCCCGAUUGAUGACAGUGUGGCCAGUCUGGUCAUCGCCCAGCUGUUGUUCUUACAGUCUGAAAGCAACAAGAAACCCAUUCAUAUGUACAUCAACAGCCCAGGUGGUGUGGUGACUGCGGGCCUGGCUAUCUACGACACAAUGCAGUACAUUCUGAACCCCAUCUGCACAUGGUGUGUUGGACAGGCUGCCAGCAUGGGCUCCCUGCUCCUCGCUGCUGGCAGCCCGGGCAUGCGCCAUUCACUGCCCAAUUCCAGAAUCAUGAUCCACCAGCCCUCCGGAGGAGCCAGAGGCCAAGCCACAGACAUCGCCAUCCAGGCAGAGGAGAUCAUGAAGCUGAAAAAGCAGCUAUACAACAUCUAUGCCAAACACACCAAGCAGAGCCUGCAGGUGAUCGAGUCAGCCAUGGAGAGGGACCGCUACAUGAGCCCCAUGGAAGCCCAAGAGUUUGGCAUCUUGGACAAGGUCUUGGUCCACCCACCUCAGGACGGGGAGGAUGAGCCAGAACUGGUGCAGAAGGAGACUGCCGCAGCCCCGACGGACCCUCCUGCCCCGGCAGGCACCUAGAGGCCUGACCUCCUCUCCAGCAGUGUGAAGACCACACUGAGGACUACUCUACACUUCUUUUGCUGGGGCCAAGAAUGAUCCCUGGAGGAGAUGUGGAUUGAGAUUGCCCUCAAAGCAGGGCAGCCUGCCUGAGACACUGAUUUUACAUUAAAUCUUUGUGGUCUUUGCCCCAUGUC